UAUAUAUAUAAAUGUAUACUUAUUGUCAUAGGCGAAAGUCGAAAUUGUAAAAUCAAAACCCUUCCUAAGACCCUGCCACCGUCUGACGCCGUCUGCCGCCUUCUCUUUGUGGUCACCACGCCGUGCGAUUUCAGGGGUGAGAGUGUUACCUAGCUAAAAAGCAUGUCAGCUGGGCCUGGACUUGAGUCCCUUGUAGAUCAGACAAUUUCAGUCAUUACAAAUGAUGGACGGAAUAUAGUGGGAGUCCUGAAGGGCUUUGACCAGGCCACAAACAUAAUUCUUGAUGAGUCCCAUGAGCGAGUUUAUUCUACAAAGGAAGGUGUACAACAACUUGUUCUUGGUUUAUACAUCAUCAGGGGUGACAACAUAAGUGUUGUUGGUGAACUGGACGAAGAUCUGGAUUCUAAUCUGGAUUUAUCAAAACUUAGAGCUCAUCCCUUGAAACCUGUCAUCCAUUGAGUGGAAAUACUUUCCAUGGAUCUGCUGGGUGAAAAGAGUGAGUUUUGCGGCACUUUAUACCAAUUACGCUGUGAAACUCUCUAAGAAUAUGAUGCCAGAUAGCAGAACUUUUCCAAUAUUCUGAUUCUAUUAAGCAUGUAAGUUUUGUCAAACAAAUGAAUGCAACAAACUUGUGACUAUCUGUCGUGAAGAAACUGUCCUCUAUUUGGUUAAAAUUGAUACGGAAGUUAUUUACAAGUGAAAAA